UGAAUUCCCGACCGCUGCUCCCGACCGGGCAUCGUGUCAAGGAGGAUCGUGUGCAGACGAAACAACAUCAUCACAUCGCAGUCUCGGCCCGCAUUAUUAGACGUUUUGACCCUUGUCUUGCUCAGGUCUUGUUCUUUAUUGGGUUUUCUUUUCUUUAUCAUCGGCUGCUCGUGUUCCGUGUCACUUCAUUUAGUGAAGAACAAUUCAGAGGGAGGGAAGGGAUAUUGCGGCAUCGCUGUUGAUCAAAUGAUUUGAUUGGAUUUUCUUCCUUCGACAUUCCCCCGCCGGAAAGAUAUUAUGCAUGUCGAAUUGUUUUCCUCCAGUGUUCCAUUUCGUUGUUAUUCCGAUGGUGUGGCGAUUGAUUGAUUGACUGGGAUCAAGAAGAAGGAUUUGUUUCAUCAAAAAAGAACGGGAUAAACCCUGAUUACGUAGUCAAGGAUGGAAGAUUUGGUAGUAAAGGAUGCGCAAAGGAGGGCGAACGAAAUGACGGAUGAUGACGUCAAGCGUCUCGAUAAAGAGGCGUUGUUGUCGUCGGCCGGCCAUAACGAGGUGAAGGAAGAAAAACAAGAGCAGUCGGUUGGAUUGAUCGAAGACAUGCGACAACUUGCAAUGGCUGACGACGAGGACGUCGGUGGCCAACAACCGUCGCUCAUUUUUGUCGAGUGCAAUCAUGGUCAGCAGUCGGCCGACGAUGGCCAGCGUUCAACAGUUCAAGUUUUGUCGCUGGACGAGCAACAACAGCCACCGCCCGAGAUCUUGGUCGCCUAUUUGUCCGGCGAGCCGGAAGCCGUGGCUGCCAUUGAACUUUUGAGAGAAGCCCAACGGAUAUGGGAUCAACGGAAGCGCAGUGUCACACCAGCCGGACGAAUGCAGCCAGGAAACCGUGAACAAUCGUCCUCUCCUUUGAUGGUCGACGUCGUUGACAUCCAGCCGUCGGCCGCUAAUCAUCCGACAGCCACUAGACGCUACAGUCACGAGGAUCUGCGAAUCGCUUACACCAACAUCUCGGCCCAGUUGGUCGCCUCUGAACGCAAGAUGAUGGAACACGACGCUCAUCCGGUUGCCGCCGUCCUGCCCGUCAAAGCGACCAAACAGCACAAGAAACCCGAAUCGCAGCAACAUUAUCGUCGCAGAGCGUCGGCCCAGGCUGAAUCGCUGGCCGGCCAAGCUGUGGCUCGUUAUCAGCACAAACAGCAGCCAUUAGCCAAUAAGAAGAAUUCUAUUCCAGGAACAGUUUCAACAUCCGGUAGACGCAAUAGCAAACGAAUCAAUGGAACUCCGAGAGGAUCGGUAGUCAGCCAACAACACGAAACGGACGGCAUCCACCAACAUCCACAACGGCCGCGUUCCAGCAGGGGCUCGGUCGACGUAGUCAGCCAGGCCAUGACGACGGGCGGAAUGGGGGCCAUCAGCAACUCGUCGUCGCGUCGCAAUUCGUCGCUGACCGAUUCGGCCUAUUUGAAAGUGAAUGAAUCGAUGGUGUCGACUUCACGAAGGUCGUCCAGCCAUCGAAUGGGCAACGCGGCGGUCGAUGCCGAUGUUCUGCUGCCAUUGGGAUCGGACGCCGUCAGCUUCCAUCGCGAACAGCGUCGUCGGGCGUCGUCGUCCAAAGCUUCAGCCAUUUUCCUAUUGUCACCGACGGGCAAAGAAGGAGGCGGGCAACUGGUGCCUGAACCGGAGGAUGAAGACGACAACUCGCCGGAAGGUCGACGACGUCGCCGAACCAUUUCCAUCAUCGCCACCGUCGGCGCCUUUCUCCUCGUCCUCUCCAUUCUGAUGGUGACUGUAACUCUUCGACUUGCCACACACAUCGAUGAUCUCGUGCGGAAAGAAAAUGAAUUGCAGACAUUCACUUCCGUUUCAAGUAACGGGGACAUGAUAAACGGGACGGCAUCCAACAAUGUUUUCUCGCCGCAACAGACAGGCCAGCUGGGGACAAUUUUGAAUUCGACGACGACAACGGCGGCAACACCAAGCAUCAUCGCUCUACUGGCAGCGUCAAAUAGUUCGACGAUGAAUUUGACUUGAAGUGUCAAACAGUCGAAGGUUAAAUAUAGAAUUAACGUCCACUGAUUGCCAAGAACGUUCACUGAAAAAGUCCAGCACUGUCAUCGUAUUACGUGAAUUGAAUUAUCAAAAACAAUGAAGUGAAGCCAAUUCUUAGAUAAUUGAUUGUUAAAUUUGUUGAUUUCAUAUAUUAAAUUUACCGAGUCGAAGAGAACAGCUAAUCCAUCAAAACCACAUUGUUUUUCUUCCUCUCAAUUUGUUCUCUUCCAUAUAUGCUGUUAUUUAUUGAAUUGGAAAUGCAUUUGUCGUAAUGCCCUUACUCCUAUCUGACGUAAAAAGAAAAAUACCUUCUCUUUGUUGUUAUUCUCGUUCCCUUUUCCAUCAUCCACCAUCGCUGAAGAUUUUGCAUAUUAUUGGGUCAAUCGAUCGGAAGAAUGUCGGAGCCAACCAGGAAUGAUGGGGCUGCAAUUCGUCCAGCCACUGAAAAGAAAUAGAAUUACAUAAAAAAUCGUUAUUCGUUUGUCGCAGGCCUUGUUUGUAUAACCUAGUCGUCGCUGGCGUUGUUUAUUUGUAAAAUAUAAACCAUUUU